CAAAUACAUGUUAGGAAGUAUAAAGACCCAGCUAGGAUUCUCAUUUGUCAACUCUUUGAGGAGAAAGAAUAUGAUGAACAUCUCUCACAUAGGCCAGGUGGACCAAUUAUAUACUUUAAUUCUAAAACUACUAUCAUUUCAGCUGAACCACUCCCUUAUUAAAUUUCCAAUAAUUAAGGUUUGGUAACGAGACCAACCUUCCAUCUUCUCUCUCGUUGGAGAAAAAAAAAGCAUUUGUUUACCUCUUCUUUUCUCUUCUUCUCCCUCCAUUGCUGUUCAUAUGCCUGUCAUGUCCAAAUUCUCAUCCAACAUUCACCAAAUUUAUAAACAAAGCAGCAACCGUAUCAAUCAUAGGGAACAUAAUGUCCUCUUGCAUUAAACACAAACUUCCAGCAUCCCCCUGUCGUCAAACAAGCCGUUAUUUCUUUUGCAUUCUAGCCUUGUGGGCAUUUCUGAAUAUAUUUCGUGUUAUUCUUCAUCCACCACUGUUCUGUGUUACUACUUAUAGUCGAGAAAAAGAUGAUAAUAAUGAUUUCUGGAAAAUGUCAGAAACGGGUGUGGAUUCUGGAAUCAGGCCAUGUCUCAAUUUCAGUGAAAUGUAUAAGAAUUUUUCAGUUAGAGCAAUACCAAGGAAAUAUAUGAUGGUGGUUGUAUCGGGAGGCUUGAACCAGCAAAGAAACCAGAUAGUCGAUGCUGUCCUUAUUGCGAGGAUACUUAAAGCGGUGCUUGUUAUGCCUGUGCUUCAAGUCAACCAAGUGUGGGGUGAUGAGAGUGAAUUUUCAGACAUAUUUGAUGAGACACACUUUAAAGAGGUGUUAAAGAAUGAUGUGGUGAUAGUAUCGUCGUUGCCACCAAGAAAGCUGAAUAGACGACGAGUUCGAGCCCCUGUGAUGCCAUUCCAUGCCGAUGAAGAUUGGAUUAUUCAGAACUUUGGGAAUAAGCUUAGAAGAGAUAGCAUCUUGCUCGUUCGUGCAAUUGAUUCAAAACUCUCCAAGAACCUGAAUGCUGAUUUACAGAAGCUCCGUUGCAAGGUAGCUUAUGAGGCUUUAAAGUUUCGACCAUGGAUUGAGGAGACAGCAGAGAAGCUAGUUAAGAAGAUAGGGCAAGAGGGACCGUAUCUGGCAUUGCAUCUUAGGCUAGAAAAAGAUGUGUGGGUGAGAACUGGGUGCCAGUCGGGCUUGGGCAAAAAAUCAGAUUUAUUGAUCGAAAAUGAACGAAAAGCAAAACCUCAGCUCCUAACAUCUCGUUCAAAGCUUGCCGCGCAAGAUCGUUAUGCAGCAGGUCUUUGCCCCCUUAAUGCCAAAGAAAUUUCCAGGUUGCUAAAAGGACUUGGUGCACCAAAGAACACAAGGAUUUAUUGGGCUGGUGGUGUACCGUUUGGAGGUGAAAGCGCUCUUGAGCCACUAAGAAGGCAAUUCCCAAACCUACAAAAUAAGUGGAGCCUAUCUAAUUCUGGAGAACUCAAUGAUAUUAAACACAAACCAUCCAUUUUAGCUGCACUUGACUAUGUUGUUUGUCUUAGGAGUAAAGUCUUCAUAGCAAGUCAUGGAGGAAACAUGGCAAACUCUCUACAGGGACAUCGAAUAUACACGGGUUAUGGGAAGAAUAUCAAACCAAAUAAGAAGGCAUUAGUGCAGUUAUACAUGAACAAGACCUUAAAUGGUCUUGAGGUUGAGAAGGAAAUAAAGAAGAUUCAUACAGAAAUUUUGGAUUUUAGAUCUCCCGGAGACACAGUUCUUACAAAAGACUCUAGUUCUUUGAUUGUUCGUAAUUGCAUGUGUGGUACACAAAAAGGAAAGGUGAAUUGAAGAGGAAACAAACAGGUCAUUUAUUUAUUUUCCCCAUAUAUACUCCAUGUACAGCAGAUUCUCUUUCUUUGAGAAAUUCAUACUCAUGUAUUUUAUUUAUACUCGAUUGGCAUAAGUUAAUUAUUUAUA